AUGAAGAAUGAGAAGAAUUCUCCUUCAGGAGGGGUGAAGUUGCAGAAUGGGACUGAGGACCUUGGACCAUAUUUACUUAAACAAACAAGGGACUUGGUUUCGUCAGGUGAUAAUCCUCAGAAAGCUCUUGAAUUGGCUCUUCGAGCAGUAAAAUCAUUCGAGGAUCGUGCAACUGACAAGCCCAAUUUAGAAUUUGUUAUGUGUUUGCAUGUAGUAGCAGCAUUAUAUUGCAGAUUAGGCCAGUACAGUGAGGCAAUACCUGUUCUUGAGCGCUCGAUUGAAAUUCCUGUGAUGGAUGAAAGCCAAAAACAUGCACUUGCUAAAUUUGCAGGGUGUAUGCAGUUAGGAGAUACUUAUGCAAUGCUAGGACAGAUUGAAAAUUCGAUACUGCUCUACACUGCAGGGUUGGAGAUUCAGAGACAAGUCCUGGGUGAAAAUGACCCAAGAUUGGGUGAGACUUGUAGGUAUGUGGCUGAAGCCCAUGUGCAGGCCUUGCAAUUUGAUGAUGCCCAGAGGCUUUGUCAGAUGGCUCUUGACAUUCACAGAGAGCAUGGCUCCCCUGCUUCUCCUGAAGAAGCAGCAGAUAGGAGACUUAUGGGACUGAUUUGUGACUCCAAAGGAGAUUAUGAAGGUGCUCUUGAACAUUAUGUUUUAGCAAGCAUGGCCAUGGCUGCCAAUGGCCAGGAAGCUGAUGUUGCUUUCAUUGAUUGCAACAUUGGUGAUGCAUAUUUAUCGUUGGCUCGAUAUGAUGAGGCUAUUUUUGCUUAUCAAAAAGCACUAACCGCGUUUAAGUCAACCAAGGGAGAGAAUCAUUCAUCCGUUGCUUCGGUGUUUGUUCGAUUGGCUGAUUUGUACAACAAGAUUGGAAAAUUCAGGGAAUCGAAAUCGUACUGUGAAAAUGCAUUUCGUAUUUAUUUGAAGCCCCUUCCCGGGAGCUCCCCUGAAGAGAUUGCCAGUGGUCUUAUUGACAUUUCUGCUAUCUACGAAUCUUUGAAUGAACCUGAUCAGGCACUUAAAUUGCUUCAGAGGGCCUUAAAGGUAUAUGGCAAUGCACCUGGUCAACAAAGCACAAUUGCAGGAAUUGAGUCUCAGAUGGGGGUCUUGUACUAUAUGCUGGGAAGUUACUCUGAUUCUUAUAACUCUUUCACAAGUGCAAUUUCAAAGUUUCGGGCAAUUGGAGAGAAGAAAUCUGCUCUCUUUGGUAUUGCUCUGAACCAAAUGGGACUUGUCUGUGUGCAACUUUACGCAAUAAACGAAGCUGCAGAUCUCUUUGAAGAAGCAAGGACUAUUUUGGAGACUGAAUGUGGACCUUAUCACCCUGACACACUAGGGGUUUACAGCAAUCUUGCUGGCACUUAUGAUGCCUUGGGCAGGACUAAUGAUGCAGUCGAAAUUUUGGAAUAUGUCGUCGGGAUGAGAGAGGAGAAGCUUGGAACAGCAAAUCCUGAUGUGGAUGAUGAGAGAAGGAGAUUGGCAGAGUUAUUAAAAGAAGCAGGCAGGGCCAGGAAGAGACAAUCCAGAUCACUAGAAACCCUCCUUGACAACAAUUCUCGUACCAUCAGAAAGGGUGAUAUUAAGGUACUUUGAUGCCAUUGAUGAUUUUCUUCCAUAAAUUGUAAAAGUUUUCAUUACACAAAUGUUUAGGUGGUGGGUUGCUUGCUUAGAUUCUGUUUCGCAAAGUUAAGGAGAAAAUUAAAUAAUAAUUCUGAUCAGAAAGAGGGGUAAGGCUACGUGCAUAUGACCCUCCCCAGACCCUGACGUCAGAAAGAGAGGAGGAUACUGGUUCUGAUGGUCAACUAUUUUGGGGGAUUUGAGAAGAAAAUGGCACAUCUGUCAUUGUUUGAGUUGAUGAACUUCCUCUGUCAAUAUGUUCUUUGUUUAUCUUCUGGUUUAAUAAAGUAAUGGUGGAAUUUCUUUUUCCUUUGUAGUUGCACC